ACGGAAGUGACGUACACGCUCACGAGACUCAGAAUCUGAUUAAACCAUCGGAUUCCCGUAAAAUCUAAAGCAGGACGGAGACAGGGGGAGCCGAGCCCAGUCUAUGGGAGAGGAGCAGACAAUUAUCUGGUGAAGCGGAAAGCGCAGAGAGGUCAGAAGAAGGGCGUCGAAUCUGAGCGUUUCUUCUGAUGUAGAUGUAGGAUAUGCUCUCCAGCCUCAGCACAGGUUUCCUGAUCUCAAGCCGAAGUUUCCUCCAUUAAAAUCCUCUUCGCCUUCCUCUCUGCACAUGCACGGCACCAUGGGUAGCUCCCCAGAGGUGCUGUCCUGGACCUCUUGCCCCAGCCUGCUGGUGGGAAAGCUCAAAGAAGAGCUCAAGCUCACCGUGGUGGGAGACGCUCUGAAGAAAACCAAUGCCAACAGUUCUCCUUCUCCCCAAGCGCCGCCGCCCGCCCCUCCCCCGCAGAUCAUCACAGACCUGGCCCCACCAACCAGCCUCCCCGCGCCCCUACAGCCGGGCCGAGACGACGACUUGGCCGUGAGCGGGAGCAGCCCACCUUGCACGGCGCUCAGCGAGGACUCGAGCCGAGAGCAGGGCCACUUCGAGAACAGCGUGCUGCAGCUGCAGGAGCAUGACGAGGAACACACCGUGAAACAGGAAGAGCACGGGUCCUGCGGAGAAGAGAGCAACGAGGUCGGCGGCUGCAACUUGGAGCACGCCGACCACCAUCAUCACGACGAUAUCAAACUCCAGUUCCACCGAGCCAACAAUGGCGGAGGCGGCUUCCUGGACGGCUUGUUCGGCUGCUUAAAGCCCGUGUGGAAUAUCAUAGGGAAGACGUACUCGACAGAUUACAAGCUCCAGCAGCAAGAUAUCUGGGAAGUUCCGUUCGAGGAGAUCUCCGAGCUGCAGUGGUUGGGAAGCGGAGCGCAGGGCGCCGUCUUCCUGGGAAAGUUCCAUUCUGAAGAAGUGGCCAUCAAGAAGGUCCGAGAGCAAAAAGAGACCGAUAUCAAACACCUCCGCAAACUCAAGCACCCCAACAUCAUCGGCUUCAAGGGUGUGUGCACGCAGGCACCGUGUUACUGCAUCAUCAUGGAGUAUUGUGCUCAGGGGCAGCUGUAUGAGGUACUCAGGGAAGGGAGGAGGGUAACUCCCCGUCUCCUAGUGGACUGGGCAUCGGGCAUCGCCAGCGGCAUGAACUACCUACAUCUCCACAAGAUCAUCCACAGAGACCUCAAGUCACCAAACGUGUUAGUCACACACAACGAUGAUGUGAAGAUCUCCGACUUCGGAACAUCCAAAGAGCUGAGUGACAAGAGCACGAAGAUGUCGUUCGCUGGUACGGUGGCCUGGAUGGCUCCAGAGGUGAUCCGGAACGAGCCUGUAUCUGAGAAAGUAGACAUCUGGUCAUUUGGUGUGGUGUUAUGGGAGCUUCUGACCGGAGAGAUCCCCUAUAAAGAUGUGGACUCCUCUGCCAUUAUCUGGGGCGUAGGGAGUAACAGUCUGCACCUUCCCGUGCCCUCGACAUGCCCUGACGGCUUCAAAAUCCUAAUGAAGCAGACAUGGCAGGGUAAGCCCAGAAACAGGCCAUCGUUCCGACAGAUCCUUCUGCACCUGGACAUCGCCUCUGCAGAUGUACUUGGAGCCCCCCAGGAGACGUACUUUAAAUCUCAGGCGGGGUGGAGAGAGGAAGUAAAGAAGCAUUUCGAGAAGAUAAAAAGUGAAGGAACCUGCAUCCACCGCCUGGACGAGGAACUUAUACGGCGCAGAAGAGACGAGCUCAGGCAUGCACUGGACAUUCGAGAGCAUUAUGAGAAGAAGUUGGAGAGGGCGAACAACCUGUACAUGGAGCUGAGCGCGAUCAUGCUGCAGCUAGAAGUGCGAGAGAAAGAGCUCAUGAAGAGGGAGCAAGCUGUGGAGAAAAAGUACCCCGGCACGUACAAACGCCAUGUGGUGCGACCCAUCGUCCGACCCAACGCUGUUGAGAAACUCAUCAGGAAAAAAGGCAGCGUGAACCACAAACCUGGCACACAGACUCCCAAAAGGCCUGAUCUGCUGCGCUCCGAUGGAAUCAGUGUGGAGGCUUUUCCGGUGUCCUCUCCUCUCUCAGGCAGCCCGAGAGUGUCCACUCCUCCCGGGAAAGCACGCUACCGCAGCAAACCGCGGCACCGUCGCACCAACAGCAAGGGCAGCCACAACGAGUUUCCCGGGGCCCUGAAGCCUAACGUCAACAUGACUGAGGAACAGCAACCUCUGCAGCCUCAGCAAUACCAUAAUCAUCACCAUAUAUCACCACGCUCAUCAUCUACCCCCGAUAGCCCUCUGCUCCCUCUGCAGAGGCGAGACAUCGUAGCAGCUUCAUGCGCCAACGAGCUGCGCUACUUCGGCCCUGCUGCCGCACUACGCAGCCCUCACACGGAGCACCUCCAGCGCUCCAGCCCCGACCUCAUCAACACCACUUUGGAGGCUGACGCACGCCAACACGUGGCACUUGGGCCUGCCACGCUCUGCCCCUGCUGCCAGGGUCACCCACUGCCUGGGUGCUUGCGGUGCAACGACAUGUUGCCCGACUGCUCUCUGGUCAGCACACGUGAGGGUCCUGACAGAGAGGGUGUGGAGGGUCAGCAACAGCCAGAACAAGGCAGCUCUCCACAGAACAGCCUCCCACGCAGCCUCAAAGCCCUCAGCAAGGCUGGGGAUGACUCAUCGGAGGAAGAGGAGGGAGAGGUUGACAGUGAAGUGGAGUUUCCACGGAGACAGAGGCCUCACCGUUGCAUGAGCAGCUUUCAGUCGUACUCUACGUUCAGCUCGGAGAACCUGUCCGUGUCGGACGGCGAGGAGGGAAACACGAGCGAGCACUCGCACAGUGGACCUCUGGAGGCACUGAGCGCCAGUCAGGACGAGCAGCUGGACGAGCUGCUUUCCCACACACCGGAGAUCCCCAUCGACAUCUCCACGCAGUCCGACGGCCUCUCCGAUAAAGAGUGUGCUGUGCGUAGGGUCAAGACUCAGAUCUCCCUGGGCAAGCUAUGUGCUGACGAACACAGUUACGAGAAUCCACUGCACUUCGGCGAUUCCGACUGCGAUUCCUCGGAAGCCGAAUGCUCCGACACCACCAUCAGGAACAAGCCACCGUGUGCUCCCUCUUCUUGGUGAGGGGGAGGGGAAUAAAUCACCGCAAUAACCGGGGCCCGCUGGAAAAGACCGCGCCCCUUUGCUCAUUCUGUCCCCGCCCUCUAUCUCAAGCCCCACCCAUCCGAGUAAGCUCAGGCAACUCUGGACUGACAAUGUAGCUAGUGUAACAUUCAUAAUUUAUUUUUCUGCAUUCAAGGUGAAGAAAACGACACGUAUUCAGGAAGUCUUUUCAAUUCUUGCCCAGAACAAAAAAAGGACAAAAGCGAACGCGUGCGCGAGGACGAAGAGGAGUUGGUGGUGGAGAGCGUAAAGAUCACUUCUGAUUUACAGAGCACUCUGGUUCGACACGGGACCCUUUAACAGAAACGCAAGCAGCCAGAUCUGCGAGACUCGCUAGAUUCCCGGUUAAAGCUUGAGUUUAUAAAAUUGAUGCCCUGGAAUAUCAGGGUCACUUCGGGUUUGAACACCAGCAUGAACAGCACCUAUCCGUUCUCUUGUUGUUGUUGUUUUUUGUUUUUGUGGUGUUUUUUUGGGUGGAUAUUUUUGUUUUGUUUGGGUUUUUUCCCCCUUCAUCUCUCCAUCUCUUAUUUCUGACACCACACACACAGAGGCUCGGCAUGCCGGAUCCGACAGAGUUUCCAGUGGAACACCAACUCGCUUUUCCAAAAACGACGCACAACAGAAUUUGUGUGAGAAAUCCCUCCGAUCAUUGUUAAAGCUGGAGCAAAGCAGGCCAGCUUUCCUCUCACCUCAGGCUUAAACUCGGACGCGAGACUGCGAAGACGACGAGAACGCGUUCCUGUUCGCGUACGGAUCUGAGUCUACGCCCAGGUUUCUCCGUUAAAAAAAAGAAAAAAAAACUUCCCGUCCUUCUAUUCUUUAAUUUCAUCUCAGUUUCAUUCCCCAUUCGAGGUUAUUGGUAAAUGUAAUGAUUCAUGAUGCGAAGAUGCAGCAGCCCCUUAAAAUCCCUCAGGACUUGGCGCAAUUCAUUCUAUUUCCGGUUCACCGUGAGACCGAAUGUCUAGUGUGAGGCGAAGGCCUUUAGACACACUCUAAAGGUUCAGCAAUAACGAGAAAGUUCCGCUCAGGCUUAGGAGAAUCUCACUCAGGAGGACUGUCUAGCUGGCUGGACAGCCACACUGGCAUGUUGUAGUGACAUAAGCUAGAUGUAGGGAAAGGUUCAUUUUAACCUUUUUUUAAAUUAUUUUAUCUUUAGUUUUUUCGAGAUUUUUGUUUUUCUCUGAAUCGCCUCGCCUUCUUGACGAUUUGAUGCUCAGGUUAAGUUCAAUGCGCAGUGCAGCUCUUUUCUUGAGCGCACUUUCAAUGGCCCUCCACUAGAGGGAGACAGAUCUGUGUUGUGUUGCUGUGAUUGGACACGCAGGCAACAUUUUUCCUUUUAAUUCCAGGAGUAUGUUUUGAUUAGGAUUAGCAGUAGUCGUUAGAUUCCCUACUACCAUCAACUGUUUUUAGGUUCACAAAAUGAGGGACGCUGCAUCUUUUAUCUUUUAAGAUACCCGUGUGUGUUUUCGGUGUGUGUGUUUGUGUAAUAGAUUAGACAAGACAGCUGAACAGUGGAACUUAAAAUGAAGUCAGGUUAGACUUGACUGUUCGCUGUUGAAAGAUUGAGUGAGAGAGAGUUUUCAUUUUAUUUUCCUGAUUCAACAGGGUUUGUUUGCACAUUGAAGUCUUACACCCAAAAACGAGUUUUUAGCAAACGAACAAAGCGAGAAGGACCUUGACCCGGUUUACUCAAUCCUGUCCGAGACGAAUCUGAUUUCCAGUUUGUAUUCUCGACCGAUUGCAGUCUGACCGUGGGGGGGUGAAAGGACUCGUCUUGUACCCAGUAAACCAGGACAACUUACAGACACACACCAACCUCAUUUCUCUUGUUUACGUCCUUUUUUAAAAGCUUCUGUGAUUUCUCCAACACCCCCCUCCCCCACCCACCCACCCACCCAGUAAUCAGACAGGUAUUGAGAGUAAUGUACAAUAUUGUCUUUCUAUCUGCAGCACUAUAAUGUUUUCUGUAUAGUUCAAACGAUUCGUUGUGUUCAUUUAAUGUAAUUUAAAUUUCUCUCCUUUUCAUUUUGUAGCUGGCCUACAUGGUCUUUGCAUUAAUUUAUUUUGGAUUUCUAGCCAGUUUAGAAUCAUGUUAGUUAGUUUUCCUAAUCAGGUUUUUUUUUUUUUCCUCACAUCAAUGAUUUGUGAAGUAUUUCUGGAAAGAGAGUGUUCAGUCUUUUUCUGUGUAAAGAACUUCGUUGAAACUAGAGCUGCUGAACAGCUGAAAUCAUGUUUCGGUCAGUUUCAGUAUUUUUUUUUUGGACUAAAAUCCAGUCUCUUCUUAUGGGGAUAAUGGAAUCACUUACACCCGGUUUAACUGUAGGUUUAACACCUCGGACGAGGACUUACUUGCGAUAUUCAAUCUCCAUUAUCCAGUGGUGUUCGUCAGCCCAGACGCUGACGUCUAGACAAGUUCGAGCAGCAUCAGUCCUGUUUAACUAGCAGAUGCAAACCUUGUAUCAUGAUCGAUAACUGGGUAAUCGUUUUUCCGUUUGGGCAUUUUGCUCAUCUCUGUUCGUUCAGUCAAUUAGCUUUUCGUUGUGCUUAAAGAGCUACCUGUUAACAAAAGGAGUUUCUUAAUAUACCUGUAAGCCGUCUGAGCUAAAGAACGGAUCUAAAAUAGUUUAAAAAAAAAGGGUUCUAUUUAGUGUGUUUGCAUUUCUUAAUGUGACAGAUAAAGUCUGAAUGCUCUCAGUAUUUAUAUCAGGAUGAAACUGUACUAUUAAUUCUGAAUUGUUUUUUUCCUUUUUUUUUUUUUUUACCAUCUUUACAAACAAAUCUCACUGUAUCACAUUCCUGGUUCUCUCAGUUUCUUUUCCCAUUUUCCUCUAGUUCUCAUUCCGUUCUCAACUAAAACAUAAACGGUUAUUUUGGUAUAAACUAUUUUUCUGCCGGACGUGUUAAAACUAUUUUUCUUUCCCUCCAGUACGUUUCUUACUCGUAUCCUGCUGUCCCUUUCCCUAUCGCGAAUAGCGUUCCGAUCAACCAACCCUGCCAGUUUUCCUGUAUUAGCCUGUGUACAGUGCAGUGGGAGCAGGAAGGAAUAAAAUCAAAGCAAACAACUGCAUGGAAUAAAACGCUGAUGUACUGUA